CGGCCGCGGUGCCGCCCCUGGGACCGCCCGCGCCGCCCACCCCGACGAGGACGCCGACGUCGCGCGUCAACAGCAACAAGUGGCAGCCCAUGCUGCCUGCUAAGGACCGGCCACAGAAGACGAACUGGUGCGGCAUCUUGCUGGCCUUCAUGUCCGGCGCGUGCUUCACGCUGAGCUCGGCGGCGGUGAAGGCGCUGCGCACCAUCGACCCCAUGGAGCUGCUGGUGAUCCGGUCGCUGCUGCAGGUGCUGGCGAUGCUGCCGCUGGUGAUCUGCGGCCGGGGGCAGGGCCAGCUGCUGGGGCCGCCCGGCUACCGCCUGCUGCUGCAGCUGCAGGGAUUUGUUGGUGGAAUGACUCUUGUUCUGCUGUUCUUCUCCUUCCGGAGACUACCUUUAGGGGAUGCAACAACAAUUAUCUUCAGCUCACCUGUUUUAGUCAUGGUACUGUCAUUCAUUUUUCUGAGGGAGCCAUGUGGAUUCUUCCGUACUUUCAUAGUUUUCCUGCUUGUUACUGGUGUUGUGCUGAUAGCAAAGCCACCAUUCAUUUUCAAGAGUGGGCCAGAUGUCUACGAUGUAAUAGGUUACACAUGUGCAAUUUUUGCAACUAUCUUUACAGCACUGAAUAUUGUUGUAAUGCGUAAAUGCAAAGAUGUUCACUUCUCAGUUGUGGUGCUGCAGUUAUCAAUAUGGUCACUUCUCAUGUCAGCAGGAACGUUGCUGACAUUGGGGCACCGCCAUGACAUUGGUGUAUUAAUCCACAGGACAUGGUAUGAAUGGCUCUUGGCAGUGGCAGUGAGUGUUCUGGGACUCACUGGGCAAGUCCUUGUGGCAAAAGCCCUGAACUUGGAGGGUGCAGGAAAAGUAUCUGUUACCCGUUCUCUUGACAUUGUCUUGGCUUUUAUCCUCCAGGUUUUUGCCUUUGGUGAUUAUCCUGACUGGGAGAGCAUUCUGGGGGCUUUGAUGGUGCUAGUUUGUGUUGUUGGGAUAGGUCUGGAGGAACAUGUAUACUACAUUGCUGGCAUACUGCCAUAAUGAAGGCAGUGGCACUGCUUGUAUUUUGACAUUACUAUGUACUGCCAUCAAGACUGUCAAUGGAAUCAUGCAGAAAUACUUGCUCAUACAUAUAUAUAUAUCCAAAGUAUUAAUGAGAAUAAGGCAGCCUCACCUGAAAUGACAACGUGUUUUAGCAAUUACAGAGAGAAAACUUGAAAUGAUUUUCAUAUAAAUAAACGAAUCAGCCCACAUUGUGUUGUAAUGAACUAUCAUCACUGAACAGCUCAUUGUAAUGGACAAAACUGUUAGCAUAAAUAAUGAUCUGCUAAUUUUGGUCAAGCAGAGAUCACGAUAACUACCAAGCCAUUAAAGCGCACAUGUCUAAACACCAUAGAAUUUACAUUCCACAAUAAUGAACAAAUAAAUUGAUGUUCUACUUCUGUAGUUAUUAUUCUCUGUGGCUCACACAAAUUCAGACUAAAAAUUUUAUGUUUGUUAAUGAACAAUGUUCUUCUCAAAAAUGGGCUUGUAAUAUACCAUACAAAGUGAUCAUAGCCAUCCACAAGCAUGGUGUAUGCUGAUGUGAUAUAAAUGCAAUUCCACUGUUAAUGGUGUUAAGAAUGUGUCAGACAUUUUAGUAAUCAAUAAAAUGCUCUGUAACAUAUUGAAAUGCUCUGGUAGCUUGUACUGGUGAGAAAAAUGCAAUUGCAUAAUAUUAAAAUGAUCUAGCUUCUUUUUUUCCCCUUGAGCCAUUGGAACAAUAAAAAUUGAGUUCAACUUAUUCAGAUUACAGAAUCUGUGAUAAGCUUGUUGAAAGUCAAAUCAAGAAAUUCCCUCAUCACAAUAAAUAAAUAAAAUGAAAGUUAUUUAUAAUCGCCAUUUUUCUCAUUCUAGGAAAGUUUUGGUUAUUUCAAUUACUACAAUACACAAUAAACAAUGUACAGAGGAAAUAUAAUGAUGACAUGGUCUCAUAUUAUUAAAACAAUUGCUUAUUAUUGUUCAGCUCUUAAACUGUUGCCAUUAAUUUUACAGGUAAUAGUAUUUUAGGUGUCCAUUUUAUAAAUUUGAGAGCAGAUGAGUUGUAUGCCUUGCCCAUUUAGACCACUCUUUCUUUCAUUUAUGUAGUGCAGGAUAUGAAGCUUGAUUCUGAAUGAAAACAGUCUUAAUAGCUGUUUGUAAUCUGCAUGAGUAUAAACUGAAAGUCAAAGAGGCAGUAAGGACUGAGAAGGUAAAGAAUCACUGCCAUUAAAUGUCUUUCUUCUAAUGUACCUGAUAUCUGAACAAAGAACUGUGAAAUGUUUUUGAUAUGAUUAAAGUAUGGUAGAGAUAUUGGAACCACAUAUGACUCUAAAGUACUUUGAACAUACUGUCUCAAACAUUUUUGAUGUUUUACUCAAGCAGAUUUCAGUGCUGUGAAUUCUUUAACUGCUUAACUUCACAUUUAAUUGUGUAUGUAGCAGUUUUUUCAAGACAUUGACCCUAAACUACUUUCUUGAUAUCAAAAAUGGACAUAAGUAGUGAGUUUUAAAAUCAUACAUACCAAAAAUGACUACAAAAUAAAAGUAUACUUCCGUUUAGGCUUGUAAAAGUAUCUAGCUUUCAAUUUCGAAUUGGGAAUGAUUGUAUAGUUUUUUUUUUUUUUUUUUUUAUGUGACACAAACAUCAACCUAGUGAUGAGAAACCCAGGAUGGCCAAUAAAUACCUACAUGAGUGUGAAUCACUACUCACCAAGUAGAGAAGGCAUUGAGUGGCAGAAUGGCACAUGCAAAAGACAAAUUAAUAAAUGAACGUCUAAAGACUUUUUUUACACACACACACACACACACACACACACACACACACACACACACACACACACACACACAGCUCCUUCCAUCAGUCAUCCUUCUCGCAUUGCAUUCUGACUGAACCAGUAGAAUUCAUGGAUUGUUUAUGUGUCUUUGAGCUUUGUGUGCAUUUUUAAACUUCAUAAUAACAAAUUUUGUAGUUCAGCAUUUAAUCAGCCUUUUCUGUGUUCCUCUUUACUGCUAAAUGCCUCCUCUAAUCAAUUAGUAGUUGUAUACCCUCAUGCAGAUAUUCAUUAACAAUAUAUAUACACUUUUGCCACAAUGUACUCUUUAUUGACAACUAUCCAAGAACAUAAAGGCCAAGCCCUGAUAUUUUAUGGCCUCUUUCAUGUAUUUGUAAAUAAAUAAAAUCAGUUAGACAAAACCUCAACGGGUACAUCACAACAGAAUAGAUUAUACCCAUAUAAUAUUCCAUAGCCUGAUGCCAUAGAAAUGUUGCCACCAAAAUAAGUUUAAUGCUUGAAAGCAUACAUAUUUUGUAAAUCUUUGUGUUUUGUACUUACAGUGUUUCUCUGACUGAUGGAACAGAUUACAGAAUAGAUUAUACAUGUAAGUUUAUAAGAAGAUUUUAUAUUUAAGAAAAGAUUUUUAUUUUUCAAAUGUUUAUGUGUACUGAUAGAGCAGCAACAAGAAUAGACAGGAUUCCUCCAUAAGAAUUCUUUCAGCAUACUUGUAGGCUUUAAGAGAUUUGAAGUUACAACAUAAAAAUAUUUUUAUUCAUAUGACUUACUCAUAAUGAAAGACCAGAAACUUACAUUGAUCUGUAUAUGAAUAUUAAAAGAAAGAUGUUUACAGGAAGAUGGAUACUGAAAUUUAUAUGUAAAUGAUUUUCAUGUUCAAUGGAAAUAUUUUUUGAGGCACAACACAAAGUCUCUUAAAUUGUAAAACCUUAAUGUUUGUGGUUUUGCUCAAUAACUCUUCUGUAUG